AUGAAUCAAGAAGAUUCUGUUCUUCACGACAUCUAUGAAUCAUAUAAACCAUCACCUGCGCUACCUUCCGUUCCUCUAUUUCCAUGUGCUAUGAAUAGUUUAUAUACGGUUGGCAACCGUCUGUGCGAUCAACAUAAAUCUGUGAUAUUUGUAAAAAAAAGCAUAAAAAAUGCCAAAACUUUCGAAAUUCCAUAUGGUAAAUGGGAAAAUUGGUUGAGGUAUAAACAACGCAUUAGUGAUAAGACGGGAAUUCCAGUAGAUGAAGUCGAAAUAGUAUAUGCUGGAGUCAAAAGAGAUGGUUUAAUUCGGCAUACUGGAUUGUGUCGUCAAAGUACUAUACAUGUCCUUUAA